AUGCCAUCGACUGUCGCUUCGAUUCGUGAUUACAGUAAUAUACCAAAGAGUAAGAGAGAAGAGAUUGCCAAUGGGCCUGGUUUAGAAGAUUUUAUUGUCAAAUCUCCUACUUCUCUUAAUACUCUAUUCAUAUACUAUUCUAAUUUCAGCCUUCCUUUACCGCCGUGGCUUAAAACGACGAUACCUACGUCCAAUAGUUAUAACAAGCUAAACAAAGAUUUAAGAAACUUAAAAUUACAUACGGUUUGCGAAGAAGCAAGAUGUCCGAACAUAGGUGAAUGCUGGGGUGGUGAAUCUGGAACUGCUACUGCAACAAUCAUGGUUCUAGGCGAUACAUGUACACGUGGUUGUCGAUUUUGUUCCGUUAAAACAGCACGUAAACCUCCUCCACCUGAUCCUGAUGAGCCUGUUAACACGGCUAUAGCUCUAGCACAAUGGGGUCUUGAUUAUGUAGUCUUAACUUCUGUAGAUAGAGAUGAUCUUUCUGAUGGUGGAUCCAACCAUUUCGCUGAAACUGUGAAAGAAAUUAAGAAACGCAAUUUAUCGAUGCUGGUUGAAACUUUAACACCUGAUUUCCGAGGGGAUAAAGCAGCUAUUGCUACAGUUGUCAAUGCGGGAGUAGAUGUUUAUGCACAUAAUGUUGAAACUGUAAAGAAUCUUCAAUGGCUAGUACGUGAUCCACGCGCAAAUUAUGAACAAUCUCUUGAAGUUUUGAGUUACGCAAAAAUCGUUAAUCCCAAUCUUGUUACUAAAACGUCCAUAAUGUUGGGUUUGGGAGAGACUGAUGAAUCAAUACUCCAAACCAUGAAAGAUUUAAGAAGUAUCGAUGUCGAUUGUAUCACCCUUGGCCAGUAUAUGCAGCCUACAAGAUAUCAUAUUAAAGUUAAGGAAUACGUUACACCUGCCAAAUUUCAGCAUUGGGAAAAAGUUGGUAACGAACUAGGUUUUGCCUAUACUGCUAGCGGCCCUUUAGUACGGUCAUCUUACAAAGCAGGUGAAUUCUAUCUGAAAAACCUUGUUCAUAAAAGAAAUAAGACCAAUGGAUCUGACUAAUUAACCACUUGUAGAAAGAAAAAUGAACAUCUUAUGAUGUUCAAUGACGUAAUCAGCUAAGCGCAUGAAGUUUAGUUUAUUAAUAGUAUAAAAUCCGCUAUAAUGCUAUCUAUAGACUGGUUAUUGUGCAAUAGAUACUGAUAUAAAGUGGAGCUAUAAGAG